UCCCCUUUAUUUGUUAUGUUCUGCCUCUCUCGGUGCAAUUUUAAAAGGCCGUUUUAUUUUCGAUUAUUGAGUCAGAAGUUAAUUAAGCGCAUAAUCCAGCUGUCACAGAUGUUGCAAUGAAUGGCAACACUGUAGGACAAGGGACUUUGACACAGCCUCGUAGCUGGAAAGAGUUUUGUGAACUGCAUGCCCAUGCCACAGCCACGGAGCUCGCUAGGCAGUAUUUGCUAUUUGCAAAUGAAAAUCCAAGUCACGACGUACAGGGGCCUGAAAACUUUUCUUUACAGUUCACAGAUCUUUUUCAACAGUACUUCAGAAAUGAGGUAAAAGAGGGACUUGCUCUGAAUAGGUGUACCAUUGUGCCCUUUACAGGAGUACAGGAUUACAGGGAAACAAGUAGGAAGACUACUGAUGGCUCUUCUGGUUUGGUUUUACCGAAGAUGGAAACUGAGGUGAACAGUGUUGAACAAACUGAAAGGAGUUCUGACACUAAUCUCCCAUUUUCAUCAAAGUCACGAAGUUCUGAAGAUGUUUCAGUUUCUGCAUGCCCAUCACUUGAACGACCCAAAACAUUAAGUCAGUUUACAAGAAAUGUCAAAGGCAGUAUACGGCGACUGUUCCGAAGGAAAUCAACAGAUGCAAUACCUAUAGAUGGAAAAGAAGAAGCUUCUGGAGAAGUUGGUUCACCUGAAAGGGACUGGUUAAGAAACCUGGCUCAUAAAUUCCCUUGGUCAAGAACUGUAUCUAGAGAAGAGGUUCUUGACAUCCGCAAGGAUGGUGUUUUAAAUUAUAUGGUGGUGGAUGAUGUAAGCAUGGACAUGGACAUGGGCACACGAUGGCAAAGAUGUAGGUUGCUUGUGCGAAAGGCAAAGUCAUAUGAAGGUGAUGGAUAUAUACUGGAGUUAUUUGACCCACCAAAGUGCUCAAAACCGAAGCACAGUACUCCUUGUUCUGCAAUUACAGAGAUAAGGAAGUGUACUCAACUCGAGACACCAGACAACAUAAACACUUUUGUACUAAAGGUCAACAGCUUCUUAGAAGUUAUUUUUGAAGCUAGCAAUGAUCAGCAGUUGAAUUUAUGGACAACAGAUAUUAGAGAAUGUAUAAACGCAUGGUCUGAUGGAGCUGAUGUGGAACUGCUCACUGCUCCCCACUCCAGCAGCAUGCAGACAGUCUCUGUUGAUGGAAGCACAGAUUCUGUACACCAAGGAGCUGCCCAUCAUUGCUUGACAGAACAGCCCUACCAAAAGACAGACCGACUGUUCUCAUCCUAUGCCUGGUUUCAUGGUCCAAUCUCCCGAUUUAAAGCAGCGCAGCUGGUACAGAUUCCAGGAACUGAGGGUCAUGGGGUAUUCCUUGUGCGUCAAAGUGAAACACAGCGGGGAGAGUAUGUCCUCACGUUCAACUAUCAAGGGAGAGCCAAGCAUCUCCGACUGCUUGUCACAGAAAGAGGACAGUGCCUCGUCCAACACUUCUGUUUCCAGUCUGUCACUGAAAUGCUGAACUAUUUUGGAAGGUUUGCAAUACCGUUGGAGUGUGGCACAACCUGUGAAGUCAAACUGUCGAGCUAUGUUGUGGCGUUCCCUCACCAGCAAGGAUCUCAUUGUCCAAUCAAUGCAUCAGUGUUGCCAUUUUCUGUUCACCGCUGGAAUUCUGAACCCAGUCUUGCUCACUUGGCUCCUUCCAGCUGCAAUGCAUCGGAGCCUCUUUCCCGGCCAGCUCCAGAACAGGUGUUCCACAUGGUGCCCCCGCCUGAGGAAUCUCGUCCAGCUCUGCGGCGAAGUGGCUCAGUGGUUGUGCCAAUACGGCAGCAACGAGACUCAGACUAUGAAAUGGAAUCGGCUGCCAGAGGUCAAUCACGGGCCAUUGACAAUCAGUAUAUGUUUCUUUGAUUAUGUGGCUGAAGACAAGCUGGUGUACACUUGUGAGAGUGUGCCAUCGUUAAGUUUUUACAACACUGAAACAUUUUCAGGUUUGCUUCAAAAACUGAAUGUAUUUCUUUUCAUGGAGGCAGCCUUAAGAAACCUUCAGGGCAAAUAAGUGUUUGCUUUGAAAUGGCCUCUUCUACCAUUAGGCCUGUUGAAGGGCCCGUUUACAAUAUUAUUAAAUUGUAUAGCUUUGUUUUGAAUUUCUCUUUUAAAAAAAAUCUUGAAUUAUAAAUUGGAAAUAUAGAAAAUACUUUUCCCUUUAGUUUAAUUUUGUG